AUGCGAGUUACGCCGUUGCUGUUUUACAUAGCGGGCUUCGCAGCAUGUUCUCCCUUGGUCCCGAGACCAGCACCAUCCACCAAGGGGUACCUCGCGCCGCUCUACGGCAUUGAUGAUGUCGAUAAGAUGCGAGACGAGUACAUCGUCGUAUUCCAGCCGGGACACAACAUCGAGCAGCAUUUCGAGGCAAUAGGCAAGAGUCUUACCAGGUCGGCCCGCUUCAGAAGAUAUGGGUACGGGUACGGAGCCAUCCUGGAUGAUGACACAAGAGACAGCCUUGUCCGCCGCGACCCAGGUGUCCGUGUGGUCGACGUUAAUAGACCGAUCUACUUUGUCGAGCCCGUGAACUCUACCGCCAUCGAAGAUGAACAUUCGAGUUCCGGCUUGCCGCAUGAGAAGCGCAUGCACGCAGAGGUCCACCGCCCGAGCGCUCCUCACGGGCUCAAGAUGCUCACAACGGGCUCUAAACGAUUCUACACCUCUGUGAAAGACGACCAGACCUACGACUACCUUCACAGCGCCGGCGAAGGCGUGCAGAACAAGGUCUACGUCGUGGACUCAGGCAUUCGCAUCAGCCACUCCUUAUUCGAAGGACGUGCUCGCAACUUUGGAGACUUAUCGCCUGAAGAAAAUGACGCGGCUGGUACUAUCGGUGUGAGGAAGUAUGGCGUAGCGCCCUCCGCGAGCUUGAUUAGUGUGAAGGUGCUCGGAAAGGGCAGCAACGCUGGUAUGCUCGCGGACGCGAUCGUCGACAUCACUGCAGAGCAUAAUGCAAACAAGGCAAAGACGGAUGGUGCCUUCUGGGACUUUCGAGGUUCUGUAAUCUGCAUGGCGGUGUCAUGGAACAACAACAUUGACGCUUCGAACACCUAUCCCUGUGCCGUCCCAGUGGCAAGGUGCGUCGUAGCUGUCGACAACACCUACAACAAAUACGAAGACUCAAACUACGGCUCUAACGUGAACUACAUUGCGCCUGGAGUGGACACUUUGUCUCCCGGCAACGACAGCGAUACUUCGCCACGGGAGAAUGCAGGCACUUCACAGGCAUGCGCGCACGCCGCAGGUGCCGCAGCUAUCUUUUAA